AUGGUGCUGGAGGACCCCAAACAAAAGAAGAAGAAAGUAGGGCGGAGCUGGAGGACCAAACCCCUCAUAGCAGACACAAAGGAACGCAAAGACAGACAAGCGUCUCAAACUCCAGGCCUCCAGUCGCAGUCCUGCAGUACCUGCAGGACUGCGACUGGGCUCAACUCGUCCAUACCGGACAACGUUGUUAGCCUGGAGGGGCUCGCUACAUUCCGCGCAGACAGGAGCAGCGAUCUCAGCGGUAAAACCCGAGGAGGGGGGCUGUGUAUCUACAUCAACAACAACCGGUGUAAAAAUGCCAUGACUGUCGCCAGUUACUGCUCCCCGGACAUCGAGCUUCUGACUGUUAACUGCAGACCAUUCUACCUGCCCAGGGAGUUUACUGUUGUUAGCAUCACUGCCGUAUAUGUGCCCCCCAGUGCUAACACUAAAGAGGCUAUGAGUGUUCUCUACCGGACCAUCAGUACUUCAUCAAUAUUAAGGAAAUAUUUACUCGUGAAGCUGAGGCUCCGCUUGCGCAAAAUCUCUGCUGAAGUACGAGAGGAAGACAAACUCUGCAACAAAACCUCUUCUGCGCUGGAGUAUCUCCUCCGAUACAAACACUUCUCCUUCAUCCUGGAGGCCCUGAAGAACCUCGAGGCCGCCACCAGGCUGUCGCCAGAGUGCUGCGAGCGGCUGGUGGGAAGCGACGCCACCGGUGUCAUCUUCACGCUGAUACGCAGCUGCAACCGGAGCGGACCCUGCAUGGAGGUCAUCACCUUCUCCGUCCAGAUCCUCCUCAACCUCUCCAAGUACCACCUGACCAUAGAGGCGGUGUAUUCGGUGGAAAACUCCCUGGAAACGCUGCUGGAUUUACUGCAGAAAUACCGGGAGAAAGCCGGGGACAAGGUGGCCGAAAAGGGCGGCAGCAUCUUCACCAAAGCCUGCUUCCUUCUCGCUCUGCUGCUGCAGGACGAGCGCCGCGCUCAGGAGGUGGUGAAGCUGCCUAAAGUUUUGGACCGGAUACGCAGCAUCUACCGGCUCACCGCGCGGAAACACAAAAUGGACGAAGAGCGCAGCAUCACCAGGCAGAGAAUCAACGCCUCGAUCAACGGGAGCUUCUUUGUUCCGCCAACGCCGCGCAAAUCCAAACCGCCACCAAAGUUUGCACCAGAUUGGGUUCUGAGGAAGGACAAACUGAAAGACGUCGUCGAUCCCCUCAGGGCGAUCCAGAUGGUGGCGGAAACGCUCGCCAUCGUUUUAUAAACAGAAAACCUUCAAGAGUCUUUUUGUUUUCACAGAAAACCUCAGAUUUUUAAUAUUUUUUGUUUUGUUUUUCAAUCAAAUGAUUUGU